AGACUUUUGCUGUGAUAAAAUAUUACAAUUGAUUGGUGUGCAUAAUCAUUUGGUACGAAAUCUCUCGAAAAAAAAAAUGAGUGUGCUUUCAUUAUCAAGUUGAAAGCCCCACAUGAAAAUUUAUAAAAAAGUGGUAAAAUUUGUGUUUUUCAUUUGAAAAGAGAAAAAAAAAACUGUUUUUUUUGUUCAUCCUUCACAUUGGAAUCGGACGGUUUAUUUCUCAUGUUGUGAGUACAAAAAUAAAACAUUCAUCCCGAGCUGCAAAACAAAUAUAAGCCAUCCGAAUAGGAAUUCAAAUUGGUGAGGAAUAUAAAUUAACCGAACACAAAAAUAACACAGCCCGAUACGGUUCGGAUGUAAGGAAGUGGAAAAAUAUAGAAAAGAGCAACAGCAGCAACAGCAGCAGCAGUAGUGAACAGAAAGAAGAAAUAAAAACAAAACGAUAAAUUGAAAGAAAGAAAAGAUAGGAAGUGCCCGCGGGAAGGAGUGCUCAUAGGCGUGCGCGCGCGCUUGUGUCCGUGUGUGUUAUUAAAAACAAUAAUGAAAUCAGGAGUGACAGUGCAAAAAUGAUUUAUCCAUUGAACGACGAUGGAAGCAAGUAGAUCGAUCAAUCAUGAGACCGAGACCGAAGCGACUUGUAGUUCAGCCCAUAACUGUAAUAACGCGUCGAUAAUACAAAAUCCAGGCAUAAGAUAUGACUUAAGAAAGCCACAAUCAUCGUCAUCAUCGGCGGCACCAAAUGUGCUGUUGCAUUCACCGUCAUCACGAUAUGAUAAUGGAUAUAGUGGCGGUGGCGGUGUCGGAAGAAGUAAAAGUGGUGACCGAAGUACUUUCCACGCAUUGCAUUAUGAAAAUCCAAACGAUAUAAUCAUAACAAAUAGAAAAAUGCACACAGCGAAUUUAAAUCGAACGAGAAGGGCAAGCCGAACGACAAGAGGUAGAGGUGGUAUGCACGAUAUAAAUGAUUCGUAUAGCUCAAAAUCAUCAGCAUCAUCGUAUAGUUCAACAUGUUCGGCGAGCUCAUGUGACGGCAGCGAAACGAGCUCGAAUUCAUCGGGUGAACCAAAUUUACCAUAUCCCGGCUUUCCAGAGCUCUCUUUGAACUAUCUAACGCAGGACAUGCGGCCUAGAAACUGGUGUUUGCUACUCAUUACAAAUCCAUGGUUCGAACGUAUUUCAAUUUUAGUGAUUUUAUUCAAUUGUGUUACGCUGGGGAUGUAUCAACCGUGUGUUGAUGACGAAUGCGUUACUAAUCGUUGCAAAAUACUCCAGACAUUCGAUGAUAUUAUAUUUGCGUUUUUCUCCCUGGAAAUGAGCAUAAAAAUGGUUGCGAUGGGUGUCUAUGGCAAAAAUACCUAUCUGGCCGAUUCAUGGAAUCGUUUGGAUUUUUUCAUCGUACUUUCGGGCGGACUUGAAUACUGUUUGAAUAUGGAAAAUUUAAAUCUGACAGCGAUCCGAACUAUACGUGUCUUACGUCCAUUACGAGCCAUAAAUCGAAUACCAAGUAUGCGAAUACUGGUAAUGCUGUUGCUGGAUACAUUGCCAAUGUUGGGAAAUGUAUUACUGCUGUGCUUUUUCGUAUUCUUUAUAUUUGGUAUUGUUGGCGUUCAACUAUGGGAAGGUAUAUUACGACAACGGUGCGUGCUUCAAUUGCCGGAUCAUGUGGCUGCUCCCAAGGAUCUACCGGACGAUUACAGAGUUCGAGUUCGAAUCAAUUCCAUUUCUUAUUACUAUGAGUUUUCAAAAGAACAAGACUAUAUAUGUUCGAAGCCAGCAGACUCGGGAAUGCAUAUGUGUAAUGAAUUACCCCCAUAUCGGAUAGGACCGAUGGUAUGCAAUGCAUCAGCCGAACCAUACUCGUACAAUUUUCCAACGAAUAUGUCGUGCGUCAAUUGGAAUCAAUACUAUACGAAUUGUACGCAGUUGGGCGGUAAUCCAUUUCAGGGCACCAUCAGUUUUGACAACAUCGGUAUGGCAUGGGUUGCAAUAUUUUUAGUUAUCUCAUUGGAAGGAUGGACUGAUAUCAUGUAUUAUGUACAAGAUGCUCACUCGUUUUGGGACUGGAUCUAUUUCGUUUUAUUAAUAGUGAUUGGAUCAUUUUUUAUGAUAAAUCUAUGCCUCGUUGUCAUUGCCACACAAUUUUCUGAAACGAAAAAACGUGAAAUGGAACGAAUGCGACAGGAGCGAGCUCGUUACACAUCCACAUCAACAAUAGCAUCGAGCACAAAUAAUUCCGAGCCGUCAACAUGCUAUGCGGAAAUCGUAAAAUACAUUGCGCACUUAUCGCGCCGGAUAAAACGACGACUAAUUAAGAAGUUACGCACCUAUAAGUAUAAACAUCAAGACGAAGAUUUGCUGCCAAAUGCUGACACAUUUACACUAUCACCACAUCGAAUAAAAUGCCAUCAUCCAAAUUGUCCGAAAGUAAAUCAAAAUAAAACGCCCACCAUGGACGGCGGUGCAAGGCGUCUUAAAUCACAAAUGGCCGACACAAAUAGCAUAUCUGGAACAAUAAUACAAAAUAAUUGUAAUAGUAGCCAAUUAUCGUCGCCGGAUAUGUCAGAAGCGAACGAAAUGCACAGAUUCUCAUCCAGUUCGAUGAAUCUAGCAGCAGCAGCGCCAACUACCACCGCCGGAAAUGAUGAUAAAGAUGAUAAGAACAAGUUGAGCUUGUUAAAAAUUCCGGGCGUCAUAAAAACGGAACAACAAGCGCAGAGCACAAAUGGAUCUGGCGAGUAUUUAAGUCCACCAUCAUCAGCGCGCCGUCGAUCAUCGGUAAUGUUUAAUGAUCUGCUUUUUUUACAUACGCCACCGAAUGAAGCACAAACGAACGUUAAAAAUAUUUCCCAGGUCGAGAAAACAACACAAACCGGAGAUGGAAAUAUUUGGAAGGUGAACUUGGGUCAUAAUUUGUAUUCACACGCAAUGAACAACAUUCUAACGGAUUGUUCGGAUCUGAAUUUCAACGAUACAAUGACAUGUCAGGAAUUGUUAGCGUUUUCGGUGGCAUUUUCGGCCGCUUUGCCAACCAACCAAAACACUUUGGACUCCUUAUAUUCGUCGUUAGCACAUCACGAAAACAAUAGCCGAAAUAGUGAACGAAUGCCAAAAAAUGUCAGUAAUUCAGAUGUAAUAAAUCGACAAACAUCAACUGUGGUCACGACAGCAGCGGCAACAACAGCAACGACAGCGACGGCGACGGUGGUGGGAACGACAACAACAACCGCACCGCCAAAUGGUUUGGAAAACUUUUCCUGUUGCUAUCAUUUAUAUCAAAAUUCGGCACAUGUCGAGUCACUCAUGUCGUCGCAUCGAAAGCCCAACAAAUAUAUGGCACCAAUUGUGGCCGGCUGGCGAAUGUUUAGCAAAAUAAUGAGCUACAUGCGACGAUGCAUCAAAAUGCUAGUCGAACAUAAAUAUUUUCAACAGGGUAUUCUGCUAGCCAUUUUAAUAAAUACACUGUCGAUGGGCAUCGAAUAUCACGAUCAACCCGACGAAUUGACAACAAUCGUGGAAACGAGCAAUAUCGUCUUUUCGGGCAUAUUUGCAGUGGAAAUGUUGCUCAAAGUAAUUGCCGAGGGUCCGUUUCGUUACAUAGCCAAUGGAUUCAAUGUAUUUGAUGGUGUUAUUGUUAUAUUAAGUGUAUUCGAAUUAGGUCAACAAUUCUUCGGCAUUAGCGAAGGCAGUUCGGGAUUAAGUGUUUUACGUACGUUUCGACUGUUAAGAAUCCUCAAGUUGGUGCGAUUUAUGCCAAAUUUACGACGACAACUAUUCGUCAUGUUACGCACAAUGGAUAAUGUUGCAAUAUUUUUCUCGUUACUCAUGUUGUUCAUAUUUAUAUUUAGUGUGCUUGGCAUGUAUCUUUUUGGAUCAAAAUUUUGUAAAUUUACGGAUGAAAUCACUGGACAAGAAAGACCAUGCACUUGUCCCGAAAUAAUAAACAAACAUCCACAUUGUGAAUGCGAUCGAAAGCAUUUUAACAACAUUCUUUGGAGUUUAGUCACUGUGUUUCAGAUUUUAACUCAAGAAGAUUGGAAUGUUGUGCUAUUCAACGGCAUGGAAAAGACUAGCCAUUGGGCAGCAUUGUAUUUCGUUGCAUUGAUGACAUUCGGCAAUUACGUGCUGUUCAAUUUACUGGUUGCCAUUUUAGUCGAGGGCUUUAGCUCCGAGCGAAAUGAACGACGAGAACGUGAGCAGCGUGAGCUAGUGAAAAAAUUGCGAGAAGAGCAUGAGAAUUUAAGUGAUUUAAUGUUCGAGGACUAUCGUAGCUGUUCCGAUUCCAUCAGUUCGAGCGAUAAUUUUCAAGAGAUGCGCAACAAAUGGCACAGUGCUGAGGAUGUCCGAAAAAGUCGAAAAAUUCGUGCACAAUUGCAAAAGGAGCAUGAAGAGAAGAGCAUCGCCAAUAAUUCGCAUCGUCAAACACAAGCCAUGGUUUAUGUGUAUGUAAACAACGACACACACUCCGAUAAUGAACUGUCGAAAUCAAAACAGAGCAUCGAUGCUGACAUCGAUAAAAUUGUUCUGGAAAACAAACAUUUCAGAAUGUCACCGAAAGAUAAUGCGGCUGGAUCGAGUCGGGGUCGAAAAAUGGGCAAAAGGAAUCCACCGAUAAUAACAACAACGGCUGCAACGCCACAAGAUUCGCCGAUCGCCACAUUGGCGCACGGUAUGAGCUUUAGCGAAUGGGAGAAUAAUUGUCUGAAGCCACCGUCGAUUGUGGGCAGUGUGAAAGGUUUGAAUAAUUUACUAACGCCCGAACCAUAUCCAAGCAAACGUAAAAUUGAAAGUCCAUCGAAUCGGAAUGCAAACACCUGCAUCGAUUUAGAGCCCAAAGCGUCAAUAUCAAAUAUUCGAUUGGAUCGAAAGGAUUCGACCGAAGCAGGUAGCAAUCAAACAGGCACCAAAUCAAAAUCGACGAAAAAGUCCUCCAUUAAAAAGCGUUCGAGCACCAAACGAAAAGAGUCCAAACCAUUACCGAUCAACUAUGAAACGGACAUGCUGGAUAGUGAACGUCUUGAUUCGCUCAGCAACAUGGAUGUGAUGCAUAAAUCAGGAAAACGGCUACAAAAUAAUAGCAAAAAUACGAAUAAAAUUAGCCCACGCGGCCGACAAUAUGAUCCAAAUGAAUUUUGCGCCAAUCCACAACAGCAGCAACAGCAACAGCAACAGCAACCUCCAACGCCUAUGUACAGUCAUCGUGGAUCGAAAGUCUAUCGUCGCCGAAUGUCAACAAUGGAUCCGCAAGCUUUCAAGAAUUUAGCCAAUUUAGACCUUAAACAAUUGGAAAUGUUACGAGAACGAGCAUUGCGACGCGAAGAAGAAAUGAAAGCGACUACCACCACUGAGGCCAAAGAGGAAGCGCCUGUAUGCAAAGGAUUCUUUCAUGAACCAUUUAAAUUUACAACGGCCGCCCUACGAAAGCACUUCGAAGUGCUCACCGAACAUCGACAAACCUAUUCGCUACUCAUUUUUCCGGAAGACAAUAAAUUUCGACAUGCGUGCGAUUGGUUUGUGACACAGAAAUGGUUUGAUAACGUUAUUUUACUUUUCAUUGCGCUAAAUUGUAUAACAUUAGCGAUGGAAAGACCAAAUAUCCCACCAAAUUGUACAGAACGAUAUUUUUUAUCAACGGCCAACUAUGUUUUUACAUUUGUAUUCACGCUGGAAAUGUUUGUAAAGGUUGUUGCAGCCGGCAUGUUCAAAGGUCCUAAUGCAUAUUUCAAUUCCGGAUGGAAUAUAAUGGAUGGUUCGUUAGUCACAAUUUCAAUAAUCGAUUUGUUAAUGUCAUUACUCAGCCAAUCGAGUCCGCGAAUAUUUGGAAUUUUACGUGUAUUUCGUUUAUUGCGUUCGCUUCGACCGUUGCGUGUUAUCAACCGAGCUCCUGGGUUGAAGCUGGUCGUUCAAACACUUUUAUCAUCGUUACGUCCCAUCGGUAAUAUCGUGCUCAUUUGCUGCACAUUUUUCAUUAUAUUUGGAAUUUUGGGUGUGCAAUUGUUCAAAGGAACAUUUUACUAUUGCGAGGGCAUUAGUGUAAAGCAUGUGAAAAACAAAACUGAUUGUCUCUCAAUACCCGGCAAUGUGUGGAUCAAUCGUAAAUAUAAUUUUGAUGAUUUGGGCAAAGCGCUAAUGUCUUUAUUUGUGCUAUCGUCACGCGAUGGCUGGGUCAACAUAAUGUAUACGGGUUUAGAUGCUGUUGGUGUUGAUCAACAGCCGAUUGUUAAUUUUAAUGAAUGGCGUCUUCUUUAUUUCAUCGCAUUUAUAUUGUUGGUUGGCUUUUUUGUGCUAAACAUGUUUGUUGGUGUUGUCGUUGAAAAUUUCCAUCGAUGCCGCGAAGAGCAAGAGAAAGAAGAGAAGAUUCGACGUGCUGCCAAACGUGCCGUUCAAAUGGAAAAGAAACGAAAACGAAUGCAUGAGCCGCCUUACUAUACAAACUAUUCACCGUUGCGUUUAUUCGUUCACAAUGUUGUUACAUCAAAAUAUUUUGAUUUGGCAAUUGCUGCUGUGAUCGGUUUAAAUGUGGUUACCAUGGCUUUGGAAUAUUACAUGAUGCCUAUCGCACUCGAAUACGCAUUGAAAAUUUUCAACUACUUCUUCACGGCCGUGUUCAUUCUUGAGGCAAUUAUGAAAUUAGUUGCGCUUGGCUUUAAAUUGUACAUGAAAGAUAAAUGGAAUCAAUUAGAUGUUGGCAUUGUGAUUUUAUCUGUGGUCGGAAUUGUGCUCGAGGAAUUGGAAACAAAAAUUAUACCAAUCAAUCCGACAAUAAUUCGAGUGAUGCGCGUAUUACGUAUUGCACGCGUACUGAAAUUAUUGAAAAUGGCCAAAGGAAUUCGUGCAUUGCUCGACACGGUGAUGCAGGCAUUACCACAAGUCGGUAAUUUAGGUUUAUUAUUUUUUCUGUUGUUCUUCAUUUUUGCUGCCCUUGGAGUGGAAUUAUUUGGACGAUUGGAAUGUUCUGACGAUAAUCCCUGUCAAGGUCUUGGAGAACACGCACAUUUUGCCAAUUUUGGAAUGGCAUUUUUGACUCUGUUUCGUGUCGCAACCGGUGACAACUGGAAUGGCAUCAUGAAAGACACACUGCGUGAUGAUUGCGACGAUGCGGCCGAUUGCGUUCGAAAUUGUUGUGUGAGUCCAGUGAUAGCGCCGAUAUUUUUCGUGAUAUUCGUGUUGAUGGCGCAAUUUGUUUUGGUUAACGUGGUGGUAGCUGUGCUGAUGAAACACCUAGAAGAAAGUCACAAGCAAAUCGAAGACGACGAAUUCGAUAUGGAAGAGCUUGAACGUGAAAUGGUGCAAGCACAAAAAUUCGAAGAGGAACAAGCAUUGUGCAUGCAAUUAGACGAUAGUUCGGUGCCACGUCGAACCAUGCCUAAAGUGCUAUCAUUGCCAUCUAAUUUUACGUACACUUCACCGAUUUUUGAGAAUCGAUUCAAUUCUCGACGGCAGACCGUGUUCGGCGAUGGCAGUCGCUUCUCCGAUUUCAGUCGGGCGUCCGUCGAUGAACGUAUGGCCGAAAUCGAAUUGGGAGAGAUGAAACCAAAGACUAAAAGACGUAGAUCGAGCAGCGGUAUGUCAACACGUGACAAAGAAAUAUCUGUAUCACGAACACCAAAUGUCCGACCAAAACUUAACCGCGAAAUAUCAUUAGAUGAACGUCAAAUGACGGCAAAAUCCACAACAGCGCAUAAGCUCACCGAUGUCAAGCGUACCAGUUGCGAUCAGCUCCUUGUGCGUGAUGACAAAACGACGAAUUUCUACCACAAACCGAAUGCUAAGCCAAAUGAAAUGAAAGGCGCCAGCAAAGUCAAAACCGAAAAACUGUCCAGUUCAAAGGAUUCAAUGGUGAUGGCCGCCGAAAAUGCAAGAGUCUCACUCUAUCGACGAUCAUCGUUGAAAUCAGACUAUGGAAAACCGAAUACGGCCAAUACACUCCUUUCGCUAUCGAAAGCACAAUCGGUAUCGGGUCGAUCGGGUAGCUGUCGGCAGCUAUUCAAGCAACAUGCUAUGGACGAUGAAGCGGAUAUUGAUGAGAAUUCAUUGUUAUUGCCGAUGUUAAAUAAACCUCAAAUCCAACAUAAUGAACCGAAAAAUGCUAAAGAAACUAGCCUAUUUAACAAAACCACCAAUGAAAAUGAGUGAACUACAAACCAAUUAUGUUGACUUUUUUUUAUCGUUUUGUUUCAAACAAAGAGAAAAUGCGAGUGAAAUUUUUAAUUGCAAUUGAAUUAUGGCUAUUUAUUAAGCAUAUUCGCUGAAACUUAAUCAAAAUAAGCGCAAACACGUUUAAUUGAUGAUGAAAUUAAGAUGUUAAGUGAUUUUUAACCAAAUUUAUUUAUGAAUGCACAAUGAAAAAGGAAAAUUAUAAACAAUUCGAUCGUGACUGAAACAAUGUGGUUUCUAGUCCAUGUGAGAAACAUGCUUAAACGAGCAAAUCAUAAUUAUUGAAUAAUGUAUAAAUGCAUUCAAAGACAUUCGAUAUACAUAUGUACGGUAGGAAUUUAGUGAAUGCUAGCAAUCAUACAUUUAGUAAGUAUACAUCCACUCUCACUGACACAACAUACAAACAAACAUACCGAUUACUAUUUAUUGAGAAAAUUAAUAGAAUAUUUAACAAUCAAUACGAGAAACAACUAAGCAACUGUACAUUUCGAUUAUAUAUAUAUACUAUAUAUUACAAACAGGAAUUUGAUAAGCAAUCUAUUUUACUAAAUCUCUAUCAAAAACUGGUUUCGAACAUUUCACUUCAUGUGGCUAGUCAACGGUAAUGGAAUUGUCCCUUUCUAUACAUAUAUAUCUCUAUUACUUCAAUCAAUUUCACUUUGAGUUUGCUUUUUGUUCCCGAUACGGACGUUUGAUGUAAUUAUUAUUAUAAUAAAGCCAAUGGCCAUGGUAGCAUUUCAUCUGAAUUUUUCGCAUAAUUUUUGUGGGCAAUUUUGAUAUCGGAUUCAUUGAAAAUAAAACUAAAAAAAACUCGAUUGAAAUUGAUGAUAUUGUGAUAUAAUAAAAGAAGAUAUUAAUGACCCGCUGUCAUGAAAUAAUGUAAUAAUAUUCCGAUGAAAUUCUUCUAUGUGAAUACUGUGGUCACAGAAAAAUUCAUUGGAAUAUUUCAAUUCAAUGACCAUUUCCGACACUACAAAAAACAUACUCUUCUCUUUUUAAAUGAAACGGAAUUCAAUUGUUUUUUUAAACAUGUUUUUGCAUAAAAUUUAUCAGUGUUCUGCACUGAAAAUUUACGAAAAACAAACGGUUUUCUAUGAUACAAACAAUUAUGUGAUGUAAUAUAUGAUUUUUUUUCUAAAUAUGUGAUGAUUUUGUUCUCUCAAAAAUCAUUCUAUCACGUGUACCUUCACCGAUUAUAAAAAAAUGCACUUUUACAACAAUUUACUCAGCCUUUCAAAACAAUCAACUCAAUUAACAUGAAAGAUAAUAUUUUUUAUGACCAGAGAAUGCACAACUCACGUUUUUUCCACACACACAAAAAAAACUCUAUCUCGUGAAAAUUUGGAGCACAUUUUUUCGAGUCAAACCUCUUUUUGACCAAACACUCUCAAUAAAACUAUAUAUACAACUUCGACAUAUUCAUGAAUUUACAAACAACAACUACUACCACCAAUACAAUAAAUCACCAAGAAAUCACUUGUACAAAAUUUGAUUAGUGCACUCAAGAGCAAUAUUAACUCUGAAAAGCAUAUAUAUAUCUAAAUAUAUUUAUAGAGCCCCCGUUGAUAGACACCCUGUAACCUUUGAAAUGGACAUUUAAAUGAUUUUUUUGUAAAACAACAAAAGUGCUAUAUAAAGUAGGAAUUUUUCUUAGAGGUUUAACUAUCGCUUCUUCUUUAGAUAAAUCAAUCCAAUUACACCAAAAUGCAACUUGAAAAACGAACAAAUGAAGAAAAAAGCUCCAUUUUAAAAAACGGACAUUUUUUUUUCUUGAUGCAUUUUGAACAUUGGUGAUAUAUAAUAUGCGUUAUUUAAUACAAAUUUCAUGCCUUCUUAUUACUAUAGGGAAACUUCUAAUUAAACUAAAUAAAUUGCAAAUAUUGUAUUAUUCUAUUCGCAAAAGAAGAAAGAAAAAAACAAGCAAAACGAUAAUAACAAAAUGUACACAAAAACAAUUUCUUUAGCUGAACAAAUGAACAUACACAUGGACUAGCACCCACUAAUUAGAUUUAAAUUGAACAUAAUGUAUUAUACAUAUAUAGAUAAAAAAUGAAAUGCAUAUUUUUUAAGAGUGGACAACACACACAGAGAGAGAGACACAAUGAAUAAGAAACAAGAGAAAUGGAUAAAACCUAUUUAAUCAAAAUGAAUGGUGAAAAACGCUAAUAUAAAACUAGUCUAAAUAAAAAAUGAAGAAAAAAAGAAUGCAAAAAGAGCAUAAAAUUAGUAGCGGUGAUAUAACUAUACAUAAUACUAUUUUAGGAAUGAACAAAAAAUGCUAUAUUUCUAGUGAAGCAACAAACCUAUAAAUCUUUAUGAAUAGAGACAAGGUCAGAAUCGACAGCUGUAAACUUUUUUCUGUACAUAGCGUAAAAGAAAACAAAUCGCAUAUAAAAAUACGACGUGGUUUUUUUUUUGAAUAAACAUGAAACCGUUUAGCUUAAGGUGUGAAUAUUGUUCAAUAUUUUUCACGUCAUAAUAUUGUUUAUCGAUUUUCUUUUCGUUGUUCCGUUGAAUACUGUUCAUUUUCAUUUUGUUGAAACGCGUAUCGCUCUUUCUAUGUUCUAUAUAUCUGCGUGUGUGUAUAAUUCAAGUAAAUAUUCUAUUGACGCGAUUUGCUAGUAAAUUGUAGUCGUUGGGAAUAUUGGGUUCGAUUUGAUAGUCAUUGACCUGUCUUAGUAUGUACUAAACUAAUGUAUUUAUAUGCAAUAACCCAGUCAAUCUCAUAUAAAUAAAAGCACACAGGAUAAUCAAUAAGGUGGAUUAACGAGAGAGUAUGUAAACAUAAAUUAAUAAAUAGAAGAUGAAUACGGAAAGAAAAAUAAAACACAAUACUACAAUACCUAAAUACAACAGCAACAACAACAACAACAAAAAUAUAUUAGACAUUUAUCGACAAUCUUAAUCUUGUGCCUUUCUAACUAAAAGUGACAACUCAUUCAAUUAACUUUAAUCAAUUGCGUUCCCUGUUUUGUGUUCGGCUUUUUAUUUUCAUUUCGUCUUGGUUGAAUACACCACUAUAUACCCGAUUUCGUUUUCAACCAGAGUCCGAGCUUUCAUCUCAAUGAAUUUAUUUGCAUUUAUUUUUUCUUCGGUUCAUUUUCUUCGUCACCGCGAACAGAACAAAUAAUAUUUGAAAAAA